AUGCCAUCCCCAUCUUCAUCGGCCUCUUCGACGUCCUUGAAUCCAUCACUGAGUCCCCCAAAUAUGUCACAAUGUGCAAUUUGUGGGGAUAAGGCGACCGGGCGACAUUACGGGUGUGUAAACAGUUGUGAUGGAUGCAAAGGUUGGUAAUUAUAAUCAAAAAAAUUUGCCAAAUUCCUUGACAUUUGCGUCUAACUAAAUAAUAUACGAUCAAUUUUUGCAGGGUUUUUCCGUCGAAGUAUCAGAAAAGAACACAUUUACAAGUGUCGCUUCAAAAAUGAUUGCAAUGUCGACAAAAGUAAGUUUUCUUCCCGAAUAAUUUUACUUUGCAUUUCUCAGUUUUGCAUAAUUUCAAAUGCCCUGGGGCAUCCGGUUAAUUGUCUUCUUUUCUUGCAUAAAAAACCGGUUUUAAUUACAAUUUAGAGUAUAAACAACACGUGGGCAUAAAAUUUAAAGUAAGGAGAUUAGAAAUGGCGUGAUCAGGUGCUUUUUUGGUUCAUACGUAACAGCAGGUAGGAGGCGAUGAUUAUAUAAUUGAGCUUCGAAAACAAAUGACAGAACUCAUUAGAGCUGCACGGGAACAUAAGACUCAUGGCAUGUUUAUCCCAUUGUAUUUUUAAAUAUUCUGUCAUAAUGCAUUAAGGCAUGAGAUUUUGGAAGGAAAACAGGGAUCAUUGAGGUGUAAUAUCGUUGUUCGAUAUACAGUAGGAACUCUUUUCGAAUGAAACGGUGCUAAAUAGGCAUGCGUUUGUUUUGUACACGGUCCCAUGGGAUUCAAAUUCAACUUUCAUGUACAAAAUUUCAAUUUUUUGUGUUUCAAAUCUCCGUUACUGAUGCCUACAAUUUCUAUCCACGUGUUUUCAGCCCACCGUAAUGCCUGUCGCGCCUGUCGUCUCCGGAAAUGUUUCGUGGCUGGAAUGCGGAUCGAAGCCAUCCAAAAUGAACGAGAUUCCAUCGGAAAAAGACGAAAACUGGACCCGGAAUUAAAUGAAGGGGCCAACUUCUUAAAGGACCUGACAAAUGCCGAAAGCCUGUGUAUACAGUUGAGGGAAUCUGUGAUCAAAAGUACCGAUCAGAUUAGCUAUGACAAAGGGAAGAUCAAGUAUGAAGGAAACACCAAAAUGGCGACACUAAAUGAUGUGGGAUCUAGUAUUCAUCAACAAUUAUUGCUGACUGUGGAAUGGGCAAAAAGUUUGGGGCCUUUCAGAGAGCUUGAGUUGGAUGAUCAGGUAUGCAUUGGCUUUGGAUGUCAACAAAAAUAAGAUAGAACUGCAAUAGGAUGCUUUUUGGAUUAAAAACCCGCUCAGGAAGUCAACCUGACUUUGCGAUUUCCACUUAGUUCCUUAAAACGGUAAAAUUACAAAUAACCCCAAAGAUCUUUGAUCCCUAACCUUGCUUGUUUACCAGUAGUGGACUUGGAGAGCUUCUAAAAAAGGACAAAGCGGGGGUCAUACGAACAUUGAUUUGAUUGAUUAAUCAAGGUAAUUGUAAACUAAAAUGUGAUUAUGGUGCUUUCUCGACCCAAAGAACACCCGUAUGUUUUAUCACAAACUAUGGCAUGAUGAUUAAACAUAAUAAAAAAUUAUAUUAUCCAUGACUUCAGGCGGCUCUUCUCAAAGCAAAUGCGACUUCUCUAAUUGUUUUGGCGGUGGCCAUUCGAUCCAUGGCCUUGGAUGAUGGGAUUUGUUUGGCUAACGACACUUAUCUGCCUAUCGAGAAUGCUGCUUUGGUCGGUGAUAUCAAUGCUGUUGUUGUUCGGAUUGUCAGAGAAUUGGUUCGGCCGGCAAGGGAGUUGGGAGUUGAAUUGUCCGAGUAUAUUGCACUCAAGGCCGUCCUUUUCUUCAAUCCUUACAAUGCUGGUGAGCAAUUAAAGACAUAUUUUUUUGAAUUUUACAACUAGGUCAUCUAUAUACACGUAUAUAUUAAUUUUAGUCUCCGUUUCCCCCGAAUGUGUCAGAAAAUUGCAAGAAUCCCGUUUGAUUUCCCUGAAAGCUCUGAAACAGUCGGUCCGUGAAGGUGCGGACAAUGAGUGUCGGAUGGGAGAACUCCUUCUGCUUCUUCCCGCAGUCCAGGCCGUAGCCCAACAAUUGGCUGAAGAUGUUCAACUCUGUCGAUUAUUCCAAUUAACCUCGGUUGAUUCGUUGAUGGAAGCCCUUAUUCUCCAGGAAUACAAAGAGGAUUCGGUCGACAAGAGAAUUUUGGUAGAACGAUUGACCAGUAUGAACCCAGGAUAA